AUGUUUGCACUGUUUGAGACAGUUCUUCAGGUCCGCCGUGCUGCUCUCUCGUCAACGAGCAUGGAGUUCAUUCGCAGAUUUGGGCUGCUGGCUUUUUCGCGCUCCUGGAGAAGACCGCCAACGAGGUCGUUAGUGUCACAUUUCGCUCACAAUGUUCGUUAUCACUCGACCGUGCCUCCCCUGCCCGGCUCCUCUAGUAUCGUGCUCCGCGAUUACCAGGAAGAAUGUAUUCAGUCGGUGCUCAACUACCUUGACGAGGGCCACCGGCGCCUUGGAAUCUCGUUAGCGACUGGCGCUGGCAAGACAGUCAUCUUCACACAGCUUAUCAGCCGAGUACAACCACGCGAUGCGAAAGCCACGAAGACUAUGAUUAUUGUUCACCGACGCGAACUCGUCGAGCAAGCAGCGAAACAUUGCCGCCUUGCAUACCCGGAUAAGAUUGUGGAGAUUGAGAUGGGCAACAAUGUCGCGACAGGCCUCGGAGACAUUAUCAUCGCAUCGGUGCAGACACUUGCUCGAGGCCGCAUUCACAAGUUCGACCCCAGCCUCUUCAAGUUAAUUCUUGUGGACGAAGCACAUCACAUCGUUGCACGGUCAUACCGCGAAGCCCUGGGGCAUUUUGGUCUGAAUGAGCCGUCUUCAAAUGCGCCAGUCCUGGUCGGUGUCUCGGCUACCUUUGCACGGUUCGACGGGCUGAAACUGGGCGCUGCAAUCGAUCAUAUUGUCUAUCACAAAGAUUAUGUGGAUAUGAUUGGCGAAAAAUGGCUGGCCAAUGCGGUAUUUACGACUGUGAGAUCCGAGGCAAAUUUGUCGAAUGUCAACAAGGACAAGUUCGGCGAUUUUGCCCUGGGUUCGCUUUCAGAGGCCGUUAAUACCGCGACUACCAACAACAUCACAGUGCGUGCAUGGAUGGCGAAUGCGCAAGACCGGAAAUCUACACUGGUUUUCUGCGUCGACGUUGAACAUGCCAAACAGCUGACGGCGACAUUUCGUGAGCACGGUGUUGAUGCUCGCUACAUCACUGCCACCACCCAUAAGAAUGUACGCUCAGAGCAACUAGACGCGUUCAAGAACCAAGAAUUCCCAGUUCUGCUGAACUGUGGUCUGUUUACGGAGGGCACGGAUAUUCCCAACAUUGAUUGCGUACUUUUGGCGCGUCCGACCAGGUCUAGGAAUUUGCUCAUCCAAAUGAUUGGCCGCGGACUGCGUCUAUUUCCGGGAAAAAAGGACUGUCAUAUCAUUGACAUGGUAGCAUCGCUAGCAACGGGUGUUCUGUCGACACCAACACUGUUCGGGCUUCACCCGGACGAAAUUUUGAACAAGACAACCGUGGACGACAUACGGGAAGGACGUCAAGAAGACUCUCCCUCACAGAUGCCUGUAGAUCCUGGAGCGGUCCCAGAGGGUGAUGUAAAUAUCCACUUCACCAGAUACGACAGCAUCUACGACCUAUUGGAUGACACUCGAUCCGAGAGACACAUCCGGUCUCUCAGUCCAAACUCUUGGGUCCGAGUUGGGGAUGACAAGCACCUGCUGUCAGAAUCAUCGGGAUGGUUGACACUGGAGAAAGAGGGCGAUCUAUACAACGUCUAUCAUGUCAUGAAGUUCACCAAUCCAACAACCGAAGUACCACAAUUCACCCGUCCACGGCGAGUAGCCUCAGGGCCAGACCUGGAAACCGCCGUCCGUGCCGCAGACACCUACGCAAGCAGCAAGUUUGACGAGCGGUACAUCGCAUCCUGGAAACCCUGGAGGCAGAGUCCGGCCACAUCCGGACAACUUCAAUUGCUCAACAAAGCUCGCAUCCGCCAGGGCAAAUUAACAGCCCAGGACUUGACUCGGGGACAGGCGGCUGAUAUGAUCACAAAAUUGAAGUUCGGGGGAAAGAAGCGAUUUAAGAGCAUUGGAGUUCAGCAGCGGAAGGCUGAACGCAAAGAGAAGGCCAUGAAUGAACUUGACGAGCUGCGAACGAGGACUAAUGUUAAGGUUGGGCCUUUGGAGCGCUGA